GUAUAGCAGACGCUUCAGGGUGACUUUUUUCCAGUCUGUUCCUCCCUGGUGAAUUUUCUAGGGGGAGUUUGAGGUCUCUUGGCGUUCAGCUUCUUGGGGAAUCCAACUUUUUGCACCAACGAGCCCUCCGUAGCCCACCUUAAAGGAGCGCUUCCAGAAUGUCGCUUCUUUUUGUCGCGUCUCUUUUGUGCUUCGGCGCGCUCGUAAGCGGCCAACUGCAAGAAUGCCCAGAUAAUCCCUGCGGGGACCACAGCACGGCUUGCUUUCUGAAGCCAGACGGAGUUACACCUUACUGUCAUUGUACCCCCAAUUACGAGGGAGACUUCUGUGACAAAUUCAACCGGCAACGAUACUCGUGCUCAGUUCCAAACCGAAACUUCUACGGUCAGAAGGCUGGCAACUUCGCCUCACAAAACUAUCCAGCCAACUAUCCAGUGUCUCAGGCCUGCCCCUACUUCAUCGGCAGCGUGGACGCCAAAAAGUUCGAGUUGACUCUCCACGACUUGUCAUUCGAAAAGGGCAAAGACGAGCUCACUAUCGGGACUGGGUCCCUGGUGGACGUCGACGGCUACGAAUACCUGUACGAUCAAGAGGUUUACCAGACGUUGCCCGAGACCCUCACCCUGACCGGAGACCGAGUCUGGUUCAAUUUCUAUUCCGAUUUCAACCGGGCUAAUCGAGGUUUCAACAUCAGCUGGAGAAUAGAUGGAGAUGAAUGCCUCGAUAACCCGUGCGGUGUGGGUGAAACUUGUGUGGAUGGCGAAUAUUCCUACGUCUGUCAAGCUACAGGAACCCCUUUGAUUUUAGACGAGGUUGUAGGUGAGAUCUUGGGAGGCGGUGAUGUCACAGGAGGCGGUGAGGUCACUGGAAGCGGGGAAGUUGCAGGAGGUGGUGGUCGACAGUGCAACAUCGAAGGCAAGAUGUACGAUGACGGCGUACAAUGGGACCUCACUCCCUGUUCCUACUGCACCUGCAGGGACGGCACAGGUACCUGUGAAUAUAAACAGUGCCUUCCCAUCAAAUGCAAGAUCCCAAUUAAGAAAGCUGGUGUUUGCUGUCACAGCUGCCCACCCCAGCGACUCUUUGUCAACCAAGUCAGCUAUAGCUUGGGGUCAGGCAGUGGCUCUAUCAUCAGCCACAAGAGCAACCAGAUAGUCCUCAGGGUGGACGUGGGCUACGAUUUCAAUCGCAGCAGUGCUGAGUUCUAUGGCAGUAACCUUUGGAAAGUGGGCAUGUACACCAAGAUGAAGGCAGAAGCUGGCGGAGGCGAGAUCUCGGCAAGCGAGCAGAUCCUGGACAAGAGAAAGUCCAACAAGAAGCUUGAGAAUGGAGACAAACUGAUAUUUAACCGGCUGAAGUAUAACUUGGACUUGACUGACAGGCGAUGCGAAGACAUCGAAGAGAUUUGCGCGGUGUUCGACAAAGGGGACAAUCCCAAUCCUGAAUUUACAAUGGUCCCUGAGCCCAACCCUGACAUCUUUACCAGUUGCCAAGCGGUCAAUUGCCCACCCCCACCGCAGAGCGUGACCUGUAGGGAUGAGGUCAACAUGAGAGACUAUCAAGACGGGGAGCAGUGGAACCCAGAUCCCUGCACAACCUGCACCUGCCACUCCGGACACAGUGACUGUGUCACUCUGCAGUGUCCGCUACUAGACUGUGCCGAGACCAGGCCAGUGGAAGGCGAAUGCUGCCCUCAGUGUCUGGUUGAGGAGCUUGGACAGUGCGUUUACGAGGGCGUGACCAGGGAUAGUGGCUCUACCUGGGCCAUAAGUGAUUGUGUCAACUGCCAUUGCGAUGACGGAAGUAUCUCCUGUGAGUUCUUCGGCUGCCAGUGCCCAGCCACACCGGAGGAACUCAGGAAUUGUGGUGGCUACAAGAACGGAGACACCUGGUUUGAAAGCAAUUGCCUCCAAUGCACUUGCACUGAGGGAGAUAUCAACUGCGAGGGCAUCCCCUGCACUCCGCUGAAUUGCACAGAGAAGGUUCAAGGAGAGACAGAUUGUUGCCCACGAUGCAAAGAUGAUCCAGGAAAGGAGCCCCUGCCUUGCCGACAAGGCGACAAGACCUACUACCACGGUCAGGAAUGGAAACUUGAUGACUGCAUCACGUGUGCCUGCAGCAACGGUUACACCAGCUGUGCAGAGACAAAGUGUCUGCCACUGGAGUGUGAGGACCCAAUCCUUACCCCGGGUGAAUGCUGUAUGGCCUGCCCAGAUCAGCCGCCGAACCUAGGCAAGCCCUGCUCCCAGAAUGGCCGGCUCUACGCCCAUGGAGAAAACUGGGAACCGGACCCGUGCGCCAACUGCUUCUGUGACAGCAGCCAAGUCAUCUGUGCAGUCGUUGCAUGUGUCAUUCCUCUUUGCCCUGGAAGAAUUGUUUAUGAUGAUCCGACGGCAUGCUGCCCAUACUGUGAACCGAUCCAAGUCACGUCCUGCACCCAAGGAGACGUGGAGUACCCAGAUGGCCAUACUUGGAACCCAGAGCCUUGUCUGUCCUGUUCCUGCCGGACUGGCAUCGUGGACUGUGUAGCAACUGUCUGUGAAAUCUUAUGCCUGGAAUACGUGCAGGUUCCUGGUCAAUGCUGUCCAGAAUGCGCUGAGGUGCCACCCCUGCCCAUGACCUGCUCUUACCAGGGUCAAGACUACGUCCAGGGAGAGACCUUCAAGGAAGGCCCCUGCUCCACCUGUCGCUGCAACAAUGGAACGGUGGCAUGCAGCGCCGUUUCCUGCGAGUUGAUAUACUGCGAGGUUGCACACGUCACCCCGCCUGGUGAAUGCUGUCCGAUAUGUCCUGCGCUAUUCUGUACCGACCCAACCACGGGUCAGAGGAUCGAAAACAGACAGACAUACAAGCCUGAUCCUUGUACCGAGUGCCAGUGUUCUGAUGGUAUCCCGAUAUGUGUUGAAGUACAGUGCCACCCAGUAGAAGCCUGUGUGAAUACGUACAUACCAGACGGAGAAUGUUGCGCACAGUGUGCUGAUGGUAAGAACUGA